AAGGAACAGAAGAAGAAGAAGAAGAAGCUGAAGAAGAAGAAGAAGAAGAAGAAGAAUCCAUGAUGUUUUCCUGGGUGGAUGGCCUGCACUGGAUUUAACCUGUCAAAACUGCAUUCCAACAGGGCAGCGUGGGAUUAACUCAGUGAAAUCAGGUGCUGUUCAGAUUUUGUAACUGACUGAGACUUAUACGGCCUAGAGAGAAAUCCACUGCUCCCCUCCCCGACCUCCUGUUCCUCUUACCAUGAAUGAAGUUAAUAUAGUCAGAGAGGGCUGGCUUCACAAAAGAGGUGAAUAUAUCAAAACAUGGAGGCCCAGGUAUUUCAUCCUGAAGAGUGAUGGUUCCUUCAUCGGUUACAAGGAGAAGCCUGAUCUAAACGACCAAACGUCACCACCACUCAACAACUUCUCAGUGGCAGAAUGCCAGUUAAUGAAGACUGAAAGACCCCGGCCCAACACGUUUGUCAUCCGUUGCCUACAGUGGACAACUAUCAUUGAACGCACCUUUCACGUGGACACCAAUGACGAGAGAGAGGAGUGGAUGCGGGCAAUCCAGUCUGUGGCAAAUAGUCUGAAGAUGAGAGAACAGGAGGAGGAGGAACCAAUGGAUGUGUUUGGUUCGCCCAGCGAAAGCAGUCUGGAAGAGAUGGAGGUGGCUAUGUCCAAAAGCUGCCCCAAAGUGACAAUGAGUGACUUUGAGUACCUGAAGCUGCUUGGGAAGGGGACAUUUGGGAAGGUAAUUCUGGUCAAAGAGAAAUCCACCGGUGUACAUUAUGCCAUGAAAAUACUGCGCAAAGAGGUCAUCAUAGCCAAGGAUGAGGUGGCCCACACAGUUACAGAGAGCCGAGUGUUACAAAACACACGACACCCCUUCCUCACGACACUGAAAUAUGCCUUCCAGACCCACGAUAGACUCUGUUUUGUAAUGGAAUAUGCCAAUGGAGGCGAGCUCUUCUUCCACCUUUCCCGGGAAAGAGUGUUCACAGAAGACCGGGCCCGCUUCUAUGGCGCCGAGAUUGUGUCAGCGCUUGAGUACCUCCAUUCAAGUGAUGUUGUUUACCGUGAUCUGAAGUUGGAGAAUCUGAUGCUGGACAAAGACGGCCACAUCAAAAUCACAGAUUUUGGUCUUUGUAAGGAGGGCAUUACCCCUGAUGCUACAAUGAAAACCUUCUGUGGAACCCCUGAAUAUCUGGCACCUGAGGUCCUGGAAGAUAAUGACUAUGGCAGGGCGGUGGACUGGUGGGGUCUGGGUGUAGUCAUGUAUGAGAUGAUGUGCGGCCGUCUGCCUUUCUACAACCAGGACCAUGAGCGUUUGUUUGAGCUCAUCCUUAUGGAGGAGAUCCGCUUCCCCAGGAACCUGUCACCCGAAGCCAAGUCCCUGCUGGCUGGCCUGCUCAAGAAGGACCCCAAACAGAGGUUAGGUGGCGGCCCCGAUGAUGCCAAAGAAGUAAUGAGUCACAAAUUUUUCCUCACCAUCAUCUGGCAGGAUGUCGUACUGAAGAAGCUCAACCCACUCUUCAGACCACAAGUGACAUCAGAGACAGACACGCGGUACUUUGAUGAGGAGUUCACAGCGCAGACCAUCACACUCACUCCCCCAGAUAAGUAUGACAGUCUGGACUGUGAGGACCCCAGCCAGCAAGCACAUUUCCCCCAGUUCUCCUAUUCUGCUAGCAUAAGAGAGUGAUAAAGCUCGCACGCACGUGCACGCGCGCGCACACACACAGACAGCUCUAAAAUGACCAGAACCUCCAUCUUGAAUGAGGUUUUGGUCCCAUCAGGAUGUAAGUGCCUCGGCUGGCAGCCAUAUUGUUCUUUAGAAAGUCCUUUCGUCCACAUUACGGGCAAAGCCUGGCCAGACUUCAGUACCUCACAUAGCCAUCAGCACAACCCGACAGCACAAUCAGGACCUUGUCUGUAGCAUCUUCAGAUGGUCUAUAAACUACUGCUGCUUUUUCAGACUGUAAACACCAAUAUUUCUUAACACUUUUUAUGGUCUAAUGAGAAGCCAUACAGUUACUUUUCCAAGUGCUCUUCUUCAGAAUUAGCUGGUGACGGGCAGGUUUGUAUGUGAGGGAGGAAGAAGCGUGGCACUGUUUUUCUAUAGGGGGGUGUGUGUGUGUGUGUGUGUGUGUGUGUGUGUUUCUUUUUUGAGAAAAUGUCAUCAAAUCCAAACUAAAUGUCAUCAGUUGAGAGCAUGAGGUUUGUGUGUCUUAAUAUGCAUCAGGAACAACAGAAAUUGAUAACGCUCAAUGGUCAAAGUGUCUCUGCAGAGAAAAAAUGUCUGAGAGAGGCUGUCCUUAUGUGUAUGCAAUAAAAAGCAAAUCACUUGAAGAUUAGUUUACUCAUCUCAGAAUGUGAUCUUUGUUAACAGAGCUGUCAAGUGCAACAUAGCAAUGAAUGGGAAUAGGGAAUACCUUAAUGCAUAAGGUGGAUAUGUUCUUUUUCAAAACAAGUUUUUUUUAUUCUAACAAAUUUUUGAUCUUGAUCAGCAAAAUACACCAUCCAUGUGAUUUAGUAGGCUCAGUAAGCACUUGGUCGUUUAAAGAAGACAUGUUCCUAAUGUAGCUGAAAGCUUCCUGGAUUGCUUAUUAUUUUUUUAAUAUAUAGUAUUGUGUAUAAAUAAAAGUUGGCAUCAAAUGUCAGAUUCAUAAUGCUGAGUUUCUGAUGUCCACCAACAUUUGGCCAAUUUUACACCAUUUCAUUUGGCCAAAGUUCUUGUAUGGCUGCUCGUGUUUGGACAACAUUUAACAUUUGAGAACUUUGGAAUUUUCUUUUUGUUUGUUGUUUAAGAAGAAAAUGGUUUUAGUAUCAGCACUGCUAUGGGGGGGGAUUAACCAACCCGAGCACCAAGUGAAUUCAUUGCACAUUCAGAGAAAGUGUUCAUAUUUGGAAUGUCAACCUUUCUUGGCAUCCGAAGCUAAUUUUGUAGUCUAGUUCCCCCAUACCUGUGUUAGAACUUGUCUUUGUAGCCUCUGUAUAAAAGUAGUCUUUCCUUUGAUCAUAACUCACCAUCUCAUCGUUUACCAGCUGGAUACUUUUACAUGCUUGAAGAUGUGGUUGACCGUUAACAUGUCUGAAUGUCCUCCUGGCAUCUCGUCUUUGCUGAAGAACCAAAGAAUCAUCCAGGGAGCUACGUACACCAUGACCAUGGUCCUUUGUCAGAUUUUAUGUUUGAGUGCAAUGGUGACUUGCAAGGAUGUCUUUUUAUUAAUUUCAUUCUUCACAUUUAUUAUUAAUCACUGCACAACAUUAAAUGGUAACCAACAUAGAAUGGGUGUUAUACUGUACAUGAAAAUACACCCGCUAUUGUAUUGGUGCUACACUGUUGAGUCACUGGUAAAUAAAAAGCUGAUGCAGCUUCCUGUUAUUCAGAGCCUUCUACCACACACACUGUUCUGAAAUAAUUUCCGUUAUUUUUGUCUUUGUGUUUAUAUUCUGGUUUUACUUCUCCACUUGCUGUUUACUUCUUCCUUCCAGAUCCCUGAACCUCCUUCACCUAUUUUAAAUUAAGGAAAUUCAUUAUAGUUGAAAGAAAUAUUUGUUUUCAGUUUCAUUAUUAUAUUCAUUUCUAUUUGUCUAUGAAUGUAAUUCUGAAAGAUGAUCCAAUACAUGUUUUUAACGGUCUUAAGACA